UUUCUUCUCUGCACGCUGUGCUUUCAAGGGGCAUAACUCUGUAAUCCACGUUGAUACAAACACAAACUGACGCAAGGAAAUUGUUCAUUAACCAUGUGAUAGUUACUCUGUGUAGAAGCAUUUACUGGCAUGGAAAUUUAUUAUGCGGUGUCUGCGUUUGAAGCCCCACAAGGCGAAGGUUCUGAGAAUAUUUUGAGUUUUGAAAAAGGAGACAGAUUUGAAAUUUAUGAUUGUCAUAAAAAUAAUUGUGAGUGGUGGGGGGCUAGGGCCCUCAGAGAUAGCUGUGUUGGAUAUGUUCCCUCCAAAUAUAUGAAGCAUGACGAAAGGGGGGUUGAAAGUGCAUUGUUGGAAAACUGCAAUAGCACAACUGCAGUUCCAGAUAAACUGAUGACAGAUAUGCAGACAGUGGAGAGACCAAAACUUACAGAUGACAGCUACGACUUGCCCGAGCCAGAACCCGAUUACCAGGAUGAGGAUGUGACCGACGCGCCGACAGAAAAAGAGAACACCAUAGACAUGAUAUCACACUCGCUGAAGGAAAAAGUGAUUUUACGUGAACGGAAAUCCUCAAAUUCAGAGUUAGAUAAAAGACUAUCCGAUCCAGGAAAUGAUGAUUUACUCAUAAAACCAAAGAAGCUAGCCAACCCAUGUAUCGCAUCCCCUGCCAGAAUGGCCGUACAUAAAGAGCUGCUUCACAACUAUAAAAUGGGGAAGAACAUCUUGGAAAAAUCGGAGCUGAACAAAGUGUUUGAUAAAGUCAAGGAGAAACAAAGGGUUCAGGAAUGGGAAUCACAAAAGAAACCAAACAAAAGAACCAGUUUAGAACUAAAGUUAGAACAGCAGGCAUCGAGGCUCAAAGAGCAAGAAGAAACUAUGAAACCAAUCAAAGAAAAGACUGAAAAUGAGUCCGAACUUUCACGAAUUCAAUCCAAAAUUCUCAGCAAGUCCAUGAAUGGUUCCACAGUAAAAUAGCAAACAGCUAAACACUGAAAUCCUCCAUCAUUGUCAAGUUUUGUCAUCAAAAGUCAUUUAUAAUAGAGAAUGAAAGAUGAAAAGAAUGAUGCCCACAUUCUCCAAAUUUUUUUUUACAAGAUUGAAGUGUAUUUUUUGUUAUUGUCAAUAUUUGAAUUUAUCUGGUUUUGACAGAUGUGUCCAUUUUGACACAAUCUGACAAGUGUAUAAAUUUCAAAAUAUUCUAUGUUUCAUUUUUUUUUUUUUGUUAACACAUGGAAAGUUUUUAAUGAAUAUUAAAUAUAUUUCAGAAUAAUUUCAUGUCAAAUUUAAUUUUGAAAAAAAAAAAAAUGAUUGGGCUGUUGGCUAUAUGUGUUGUAAAAUGCAUUGAUUGUAUCUAAUAUAUUGCACUCAUAAAAUGUUCCAUCAACCAAAAGCAUGGCCAUUCAUAUGUGACAUAAUCUGUGCUCUGUUGGAACAGCUGUUAAAAAGUACUUAUAGGAUAGAGAGUCAGUAUAAAGUCAUGUUUAUAAAUGCAAGGAGACUGUACGCAAGUUGAAAAAUUGAGUUGCAUUAGCAUUAUCUCCCCUUGACUAUAUGUAUAAACAGCGACAAAGUUUAUCUUGUGAUAUAAAAAAAGUGUGCUAUUAAAAAGAUGAUUUACUUUUUGUAUGUUGUAACUUGUUUGAUUUGUAUUGAAAUUCAAGUAUAUAAUGAUUGUGGAUGACUUAAAUGUAAAAUUUGAAGCAUUUUUUAAUAGGUUGAGUUGUAAUUGAAUAAGUCAUCUUACAUUGUUAACAUUCUCAUUAAACUUUUGUAAAUAUUCUGUAUCAUUUCAAUACAAUAUCAUAUUUGACCGAUUCAUCAUCAUCUCAAUUUCCAGUCAAUAACUGUAGUCAUUAUUUUAUUACGGGACAUUUUUCUUUGAAAUUCAUCUGUAUAUGUAAAUUGUAUUUUUUUUUCAAUCAAAAUAAUGUAAGUGUACAGCAUUAGGUGUACUAAAUUCAGCAGCAUAAUCUGUCGUCCUAGAUUACUCGAGACAAUGAUUUAUGGGUGCACGCAAGUGGUAUGAGCAGUUUUUUUGGUGACCAAAAUGUUCAGCGACACAGAUGUUAUUUUUUCCAUGGGAAAUUAUUUCCUAUUUAAAGCCUGUGUUGAUUUCUAUUGAAUACCUGUUCAAUUUCUAAAGAAAUAUUUUAUUACAGCACAAUAUUCAUGUACUUCAGUGGUGUAUUUACACUAUAGGUACAUGUAGACAUACAGUUGUAAGAUUGUCAAGUACUACUACGUGGAUUUGGUAUGUGUUACUGGGUUAUUACCGAUUGUAAUAGUGUAUCUUACUUGUGUAACUUGCCUUUAUCUGCAAAAAGGAAACACGGAUUGAUUAUUGUUUAUUUUAUGACAGUAGUACAAUCUCUAUGUUACAGACUAAUUAGUAAUCAGGCCUCUGUAUGGUUUAGGUUGACGAUAUCAUUUAUUUUGAUAAUUUUGGUAUACUCAUAUUUAGUAACAGUUAGAUUUAAAUAUUUGUCUAGAUUGAAAACAAACAUCAUUUAAAUGUGAGGUGCAUUUUUCUACAAUUUACCUGAAAACCAUGGUGAAUUUAGAUGUCUUCCAUUACUCUGUAAACUUUUAAUAAUUAUUAAUUCAGGAUUUUCUGUAAAGAGGCAUUUAGAGACUUAUUUAGCAUGUUUAGUGUUGUUAUAAAACAGUCUUACAGACGCUUACAAAAGUCAGAUAUAUUUUAGACUUCAGUUCAUGUCCUAAUCUGUCAAUAUAUACUGAAACGCAAAAGAAACGCAACAUCCUAUUUUAGGGGGAAUAUUAUAUAUAGGAUAUAAUUUUUUAUCUAAAAUGUAAGACUUCUUCAACUUUGUAAAUCUCGGUAAUUUAACGGUUGAAUGAUUUUCAUACCAUUACCGGAAGUUAAGUUUGAGUCCGCUUAACAGAAAUCAAAAAUUGCAUUUUUAACAAAAUAUUUGGCAAUAACAUGGGGUUUUAAGAAUUUGUAUCUGUUCAUCAUAAGUAAUGAAACAAUGUUAGGAAAAAUAAAUUCUUCUUUCUCUUCCGUAAGCGAUUCCAAGGCUGCCUAAAAAUGACUUAAGUACGCAUUUCAAUUGCUCUAGCUGGAAAAUCUCAAAGGUGAUGGAGAGUUGCAGAUGCAAAUAUGCAACACAUCACGCCUCAACAGGCUCUUGCGUAUCAUUAGCAUGAAUGACAGUCCUUGGACCGGAAGUCCAAGGGUUACUACACUGCGCUAGGCUAGAGAAAAUUCGACCUCAUCAUCUGAAAAACAGGCAUUUAAAAAUGGCAAAGAAUAUUUCUUUCGCUCAAAUCUCAAGAUUGAUGAACCUACUGCAUCGUAGAAAUCAAGCUGCAACUGUUGUAAUUGGCAGUCUUGCACGCUGUAUUUGAAUGGCCUGGUCGCCCAUCACACUGGGGGGUGUUUUAACAUUCAUGUGUAACUUUCUAAAGUUAAAAGAUUAUAAUUUAACAUUUUUAUCAAAUCUCUUAUGUUUAUAACUCAAGUUUUACCUUACUGUAUUCAUUUUUGAAAAUCAUUAGAUAAAAAAAUUCAAAUAUUUGUAGAUUACUGUUUGUUGCGUUUCUUUUGCGUUUCAGUAUAUUUUACGUGAUUCUUAAUAACCAUUUCCAGAAACUUUAACAAUUUUUUCUACUAUUUACUGGUACUCAGUUUAAAUGAGGUUUUUUCCUUAUUUUAUUAAAAAAGUUUCUUUAGAAAACACCCAUUUUUUUUUUUUUUUGUUACUUUUCUACAAUUAUAGUAGAAUUCUGCAGAUUUGAGUGAUUACACAUAUCACAUUAUUUGGUGCUACAUACAAUGUAAUGUUUAGAGCUAGGAACAUACUGAAUAAUAAACAUAUAAUAGGAUCUCCUUUCCGUUCUGGUUUUCCCCCUCAAAAUCACAGACCAAAGUGAAAUAUUCUUCUGUAUUCAAGUACAUGUCGUCCUAUUUCUGUUGUGUAAUUGUUUUGCGACUUGGCUGCAGCCUGUUAGAGCUAAAAUGGUAUUGUACAAGUUUGUUCUGUUGUGUCAAAUUCUAUCCAAAACGCAUUUCAUAGUAUUAUGUUCUGUAAAACAUUUUGACCUCAUUUAAAUAUUUGUAUGCUAUAUAUAUUAUGAAUAAUUUAUUAAAUGUUACUCCAAA